CUAUACAACAGCAGCAACAUGUUCAAAUACAUUACCUUCGCCGCUCUCUUCGCCAUCGCCACCGCUGCUCCUGGUUUCAUCGCUCAGCCUGUUGUGGCCAAAGUCGGUGCCGUAGUUCACACCGUUCCACCUGCCACCUCCCACCAGAGCAUCACCCAAGUGCACAAUAACGCCCACAUCGUUACACCUGUUGUGAAAGCUGUGGCUCCAGUGGUUCAUGUUGCUCCAGUUGUGAAGACCUACACCGCUCCUGUGGUUCCAGUAGUCAAGACUGUUGCUCCAGUCGUCCCCGUGGUUCAUGCUGCAUCCGUAGUUCCAGUAGUGAAGACCUACUCCGCGCCGUUGGUUCAUCAUGUUCCCAUUGUGAAGUCAGUUGUUGCCCCCUUGGCGCCUGUGGUUCAUGCUGCUCCCGUUGCCCACGUUGUUCCUGUUGCCCACGUUGUUCACCACUAA